AUGAGUACUGUCCGACGCAGUAGGGCCAUGCCAACGGACAGCCCGACGGCCAAAUUCCUAUACACCAUCAUCAAGCAGCUGGACCUAAAAUCCAUCGACUGGAAUCUGGUGGCAUCGCAGCUGGACAUCUCCAAUGGACACGCAGCUCGUAUGCGAUAUUCUCGCUUCAGACAACAGAUGGAAGGCAUCACGUCCACACCGCGAGCCCCCCGCCCCAAAAAGACCGCGAACAAGUCCAAAGACAGCUCAUGGAAGAUGGACACUCACAAGGAUACGGAGCCAACCGCCUCGCAGCCCAAACCGGAGGUGAAGCAGGAACCUAGGAUUGCACCCUACUCGUCGGACCCAUACAUCAAGGCCGACCCAUCCAUGCAGCGCAUUCCGACCUUAGCGGAGAUUCCCCAUUUCUCCUCCCCGAUGAUGAUUCCAAAUCAGCCACGUCCGCCGUCGUCCGCUUUCCCAUAUUCGUCGUCUACCGUGGCUCCAGUAGAGCUGAGUAAGUAUUCGCCUGCCCAGAGUUUUCCUGGCCGGUCUCCAUUAGAAUAUGAGAAUUGUCCUGCUUCUCAGCCGGCGUGGAGCCCUAUCAAGACCGAACCGAGGGAUCAAAUGGGAGUAGGCGAUGUGUUGUUCAAGGUGGAGCAGCCUGAGGAGCAGGUGGUGGCCGCACAAGGAAAUGAAGUGGAGUAUCAAGGGACGAAUGUUGCUGGGGUGGAUGGGAAAGGAGUGGAGAAUCGCGAUUAA